CCGAGGAGACAGCGGUCGUUCUUUUCCUCUCCAUGAAUAAACAAUCACUUGUUUAGCUCGCAUCCUACUGAAUAUUAACUCCACAUUUCCACUGGCUAGAUGGAGAGGCAGCUGGGCUGAAGGACUUGUGUCUUGUGCUGAUAGCCGUCCUUGAACCUCCCCCUGCUCCCUCUAGCUUUCUGCACUCCUGGGAUGCUGAAAUCUGCAGAUGGGCUACAGCAGAGUUCUGGCUCCAUCCAUGAGGCAAUGUAGUUCUCCAGUAUCAGCUGCUGGAACCAGUUUUACAUCAUUUUCCAGCUUUUUCAUUUUCUUCCUUUGAUUUAGACAAAAGAAAAAUAAGAAAAGCCUAUCCUGGAUUCCUGUCUUCCCUCCCUCCUCCUAUCAUGGCCUGGUUUUCUCAGUGCAGCGGAGAUACGAGGUGUGCUUGCCCCUGACUGGGUAACAACAGCAGUUUGCAACUGAAACUGGAAACAACAACGUCCAUGGAUUGGCCCCCCCACUCAGCUUGGACUCGCAGUGGUGCCUGUGACUGUUAGAUGUGGUUGCAUUCAUGAAUGAAAUCCCCAGUGAGCGUUGUGUUAUGACACCGCCUACAACAAUAAUCUAAACAGGCCCACCAACUAUCUAACACACACACGGAUAUCUAGACCGAAGACUGCGGCUGCCAGUUUUGGGAUAAAAGAGAAUACACACACAUACACCCACACCGAUACCUACAUUCCUUGGGCCAGGAAAUAACACCAGUUCAUCAGGAUGGGAGAUUUGAACAGCUCAGUGGAUUUUUACCCAAAGAACCAGCGGAGAGAACAGAAUCAUGGCGGAGGUUUUGGCUGCACUUUGCAGGAGCUGCGCUCUCUUAUGGAACUGCGGGGAGCUGAGGCCAUUCAAAAAAUACAAGAUAGUUACGGUGAUGUGCAUGGCCUGUGUAGGAGACUGAAGACUUCCCCCACUGAAGGUUUGUCUGAGAACGUAGCGGACUUUGAGAAGAGAAGACAAAUAUAUGGUGUGAACUUCAUACCUCCCAAAAAACCCAAAACCUUCCUGCAGUUAGUCUGGGAAGCCCUCCAGGACGUGACUCUCAUCAUAUUAGAAAUUGCAGCCAUCGUCUCCCUGGGCCUUUCAUUCUAUGCACCGCCAGGAGAACAGAGUGAGAACUGUGGGAAUGUGCAACCUGGAGGCCACGAUGAAGGGGAGUCAGAAGCUGGGUGGAUAGAAGGAGCCGCCAUCUUGUUGUCCGUCAUUUGUGUGGUGUGGGUGACGGCCUUCAAUGACUGGAGUAAGGAGAAGCAGUUUCGGGGGCUGCAGAGUCGCAUUGAACAAGAGCAAAGAUUCUCUGUCAUCAGAAAUGCACAAGUCAUACAGAUCCCUGUGGCUGAGCUCAUCACGGGAGACAUCGCCCAGAUAAAAUAUGGCGACCUGCUGCCCGCAGAUGGAGUUCUGAUCCAGGGGAACGAUCUUAAAAUUGAUGAGAGCUCAUUGACAGGAGAAUCAGACCACGUGCGCAAGUCUGUAGAAAAAGACCCAAUGCUGCUUUCUGGUACCCACGUCAUGGAAGGAUCUGGCAGGAUGGUUGUGACAGCUGUUGGUGUAAACUCACAAACUGGAAUCAUUUUCACCUUGCUCGGAGCCGGUGGAGAGGAAGAGGAGAAGAAAGACAAGAAAGCUACCAAAUCUGCCGUCUCAGCUCACCAUAUCACUGCCGCUAACGCUUUCCUAACAUCCAGCUACAUGAACGGAAAGCAGCAGGAUGGGGCAGUGGAGAAUAUUCAAAACAAAGCUAAAAAGCAGGACGGAGCAGUUGCCAUGGAGAUGCAGCCGCUGAAGAGCGCAGAAGGUGGAGAAAUGGAGGAGAGAGAGAAGAAGAAAUCCAGCGUCCCAAAAAAGGAGAAAUCUGUAUUACAAGGGAAGCUCACCAAGCUGGCAGUGCAGAUCGGAAAAGCAGGUCUGGUGAUGUCGGCAAUUACAGUUAUCAUCUUGGUGCUCUACUUUGUGAUUGAAACCUUUGUGGUGCAGGACAAAGUGUGGCUAGCGGAGUGUACCCCUGUCUACGUGCAGUACUUUGUCAAAUUCUUCAUCAUUGGCGUUACUGUUCUAGUGGUGGCUGUGCCAGAGGGCCUGCCCCUAGCCGUUACCAUCUCUCUAGCCUAUUCUGUCAAGAAAAUGAUGAAGGACAACAACCUUGUACGGCACCUGGAUGCUUGCGAGACAAUGGGCAAUGCCACGGCCAUCUGCUCUGAUAAAACAGGAACUCUGACAACAAACCGGAUGACAGUGGUACAGUCGUACAUGGGAGAUGUCCAUUACAAAGAGAGGCCAGAUCCCAGCAGCCUCAACUCCAAAACCUUGGACUUGCUUGUCAACGCCAUUGCCAUCAAUUGUGCCUACACCAGCAAUAUACUACCUCCAGAAAAAGAAGGAGCGCUUCCCCAGCAGGUAGGCAAUAAAACUGAGUGCGCCCUGCUUGGCUUUGUUCUGGAAUUGCAACGGGACUACCAGCUGGUGCGAGACCAGAUUCCUGAGGAGACGCUCUACAAAGUGUAUACCUUCAACUCUGUCCGUAAGUCUAUGAGCACCAUCGUGUGCCUGCCGAAUGGAGGAUUCAGACUGUACAGCAAGGGAGCUUCAGAGAUCAUCCUGAAAAAGUGUUCAAACAUGUUAAACGGCGUUGGAGAGCUCCGGAGUUUUCGGCCUCGAGACCGGGAUGAGAUGGUGAAGAAGGUCAUAGAGCCGAUGGCAUGCGACGGACUGCGUACCAUCUGCAUAGCCUACCGGGAUUUCCAAGGUGUUCCAGAGCCGGAGUGGGAGAAUGAGAAUGAGAUUGUGGGAGACCUGACUUGUAUUGCUGUGGUGGGCAUAGAAGACCCUGUGAGACCCGAGGUUCCGGAAGCAAUACGUAAAUGCCAGCGUGCUGGUAUCACAGUCCGUAUGGUCACGGGGGAUAAUAUCAAUACAGCACGAGCCAUCGCAGCCAAGUGCGGCAUCAUUCAACCCGGAGAGGACUUCCUGUGCUUGGAAGGGAAAGAGUUCAACCGACGUAUCAGGAAUGAGAAAGGGGAGAUAGAACAGGAACGUCUGGACAAAAUCUGGCCAAAGCUACGGGUCCUUGCCCGGUCUUCGCCUACUGAUAAACACACACUGGUGAAAGGCAUAAUUGACAGCACAAUUGGUGAGCAACGCCAAGUUGUAGCAGUGACAGGAGACGGCACCAACGACGGCCCAGCUCUUAAAAAAGCAGAUGUUGGAUUUGCAAUGGGAUUGGCAGGUACAGAUGUCGCCAAGGAAGCCUCGGAUAUCAUCUUAACGGAUGACAAUUUCUCCAGCAUAGUCAAGGCUGUCAUGUGGGGCCGCAAUGUGUACGACAGCAUUUCCAAAUUCCUACAAUUUCAACUGACGGUCAAUGUGGUAGCGGUCAUCGUGGCGUUUACUGGGGCCUGCAUCACUCAGGACUCACCAUUAAAAGCAGUACAGAUGCUCUGGGUUAAUCUUAUUAUGGAUACAUUUGCUUCGCUGGCGCUAGCGACAGAACCUCCUACGGAAUCACUGCUUCUACGCAAACCUUACGGAAGAAACAAGCCCCUUAUAUCUCGCACCAUGAUGAAGAAUAUACUUGGCCAUGCUGCCUACCAGCUCGUCAUCAUCUUCACGUUGUUGUUUGCGGGUGAAAUCUUCUUUGACAUAGACAGUGGCAGGAAUGCCCCGUUACACUCUCCGCCUUCUGAACAUUACACCAUUAUUUUUAACACCUUCGUCAUGAUGCAGUUGUUCAACGAAAUAAAUGCCCGUAAAAUCCAUGGAGAGAGGAAUGUGUUUGACGGUAUUUUUGCAAAUCCAAUUUUCUGUAGCAUAGUGUUGGGCACUUUUGGAGUCCAGAUUUUGAUUGUCCAGUUCGGAGGGAAGCCCUUCAGUUGCUCGCCAUUAAACGCACAGCAAUGGCUCUGGUGCCUCUUUGUGGGAGUGGGGGAGCUUGUCUGGGGACAGCUCAUUUCCACCGUUCCCACCAGCCAUCUCAAGUGCUUGAAAGAAGCGGGGCAUGGGCCUGGAAAGGACGAAAUAACGGAUGAGGAGAUGGCUGAGGAUGAAGAAGAAAUUGACCACGCAGAGCGAGAGCUGCGACGUGGCCAAAUCCUUUGGUUCCGUGGCUUGAACCGAAUCCAAACACAGAUCCGGGUGGUGAAAGCAUUCCGUAGUUCCCUCUACGAAGGCCUAGAGAAACCUGAUUCCAAGACCUCCAUUCACAAUUUUAUGACAACACCUGAGUUUCUGAUCAACGAUUAUAUCCAUAAUAUCCCCCUUAUUGACGACACAGAUGUGGAAGAUAGUGAGGAGCCUCCAGGCAAGGUGCUGUGGUCCAUUCCUCCCCCUUCUCCAAACAAGAACAACAAUGCUAUUGAUAGUGGCAUUUACCUAACCACAGACACCAGCAGGUCGGCUGCCUCUUCCAAUCCUGAAAGUCCUUUGCACAGCGUGGAGACAUCUCUCUAACAGAAUACCAAAUUCCACCACCAUGACCACGACAAGACAGCAGGACUUUCAUAUUUGCUGCUGUGCCAGCAGAGCCAACAUUCACAGCUGAAAUAGUUUAGAUGUACUCUACAUCACAAAAAGAAAAACACUAAGGUUAACUAAGACCAAAAUGUAUGAAUAACCCUAUUAUUUAUUUGUAUACUCGCAAACAAGAAGAAAAAGAUUCAAUAUUAAUUGGGGGGCGAUUUUACGCAUCCAUGCCGAUCCAUUGCUUCAUAUCUUGUAGCCAGAAGCAAGAUCUCUAGUCCUGUAAAUCCUUCAAUAAAACAAAGACAAAAAAAAUAUUUAUCAGUGAAGUUAUUUUUGCUCCACUUGGGACAUUGUUUUGGAAAUAAUGUCCUGUUCAAACUUUUAAAAGUGUGUAAAUCAUAAAAAUCUCAUCAUGCUUAUGUAAUGCUUUAUACUGGUCUUUAAAUACCAGGAGCAAAUAAAUACGCCUGCAUAGUUAGAGAUGAAAAACAUUUGUGGCUUUCAGGAAAAGCUCAAAUGUAAAUGGUAGAUUAAAAUUUUUGAAGAGUCAAUUAUUUUCUUACACCAAUGUUGCCAUUUUUUAUUUAUAAUGUGAAGUCUCAUCAUUUUUGCAAACUUAUAAUUAUUUUGUUCUGUAGUCGGACAGUUAACCUUUGUAAGACGAAUGUAGCAAAUUAAAUUAUUUAUUAGCUACAUAAAAAUUAUUUUAAGAACAUCCUGCAACAUCUUUAGUUAUAUACACUUAUUUUGUGUUAAACAAAUCCCCCAAAUUCUUGUAAAAAAAAAGAACAACAAGAGAUUGGAUUUAUUAGAAGAGAAACAGCUCUAAUCUGGAAAACUCUAAAUAUUUUCUUUAAAAAAAAACCCAUGAUCAUCACAUUUAGCUCUGCAAGUAUAUAGCAGAAUUGUUGAUAAAACCAAUUUAAGGGCGCCUUUGUGUAUUCAUUUUAAAAAAGCAUGACAUAGUCAAGAUUAGACUAUAUAUUAUAGCAGAGUAAAUAUGAUAAAACAUUAUUACUAUUAUACACUGCAUGGAUUUUUACAUCUCUGCUACUCUUUUUAAUUUUUUUGUAAUUUUUCGUAACAAAAUUUAUUUUAGACUGACCCUGAACCAUUUGCUCCAUAAAUGCAUUUUUAUCAUUUACAAAUGUGUCUGUUCAAACCUAUUUUUCUGCAUGAACAAUCUGCUUUCAUUGGGUAAGAAAGUACAUACUGUAAGAUCUGUGUGCCUAGUUGUCUGGAGAGGUAGUAGACCACUGCAAUAACAAAACAUCAGUAUAUCACCCUAGGAGUCACUUCUAUGCAUUGUGUUGCUACAAUUACAUAGUAUUUUUGUUGCAAUUAAAAUAAUUUGCAAUAUACAGUAAAAACUCCCUCAAGAUAAAGUAAAUUUAAUUGCAACUAUUAAUAAUGAUGACAUACGGACACAAACAACAAUGGAGACUGUGAUACUGUUGAAGGAAUAAUGUGCAAACUGGAGAGAUUGUCCUGCAUUGUACAGCAUCCUGCCCAACACCCAUUGGACUGUUAAGUGCUUUGAAAUUAUAAAAAGAACUUGUGCUGCUUGAGAACUAGGGAAAAUAAGGCGAAGCCUCCAGCCCCGGUGUUUUUUAAGGAUGCCUCCUAGAACUGAAAAAAAUCACUUUUUCAUUAAAUAUAAGCCAUGGGAAAUCCUGCUAUUUAAAUUUUAAAUGCCAGCUUCCUUUUUUUUUCUUUUUUUCUGCUCCAGGGUUAUUGCACAAAACAAGGAAUUUGAUUCACAGUUGCUAAUUCAUGCAAGGUGAAUGAAAAAAAGUCUGUUUCUGUAGCUUUAUAGGAGCAAUAUAUCCGAUAAAAUCAGUUGAUUUACAAAAACAUUACGGAUUUUUUAAAAAAUCAAGACAGGAUCUUUUUAAAGAUUUUUUAUUUAAUUUUAACAUCUGUGCAAUACCCAUGGUAACACUCAGAACUACCAGCUCUAGAUGGUUUAAGCCAUUUAUUUAUGUUGAAAGUUUGCAAUGAAGUAAAUGCUUAAGAAUAAUACAAUAAUAAAAACCUGAAAAAAAGAGAAAAAGCAAAAACAAAGUAAAAACACGCAACUUUGUUUCUUUCAGCAUACGAGUGUAACAAAAGAUAUUUAAAAACAAAGAAAGUGGUGUUUAAUUUGAAAAAAAAUAUAUAUAAAAUGUGUAAUAUUGUUCAUUUGCAGGCUUCUUUUCAUUCAAUAUUGUAGAUAUAUUGAUAGAAUAAAUGAUACAAAGAAUUAUAUAUUUAAAAACCAAAAAAAGAAAAAAAAAACACAAAAAAAUGAUAACAAAAAGCCACUACUGCUGUACAAAUCUGCCAAAUGUAAGCGUGCUUUGCUUAUUAUUUUAUUGGGUGGGUAUGUAGGUGGGGAUUGGGAGCAGUGCAAUAUGUUAAUGCUGUCUUUUUAUUUUAUUUUUUAAUAAAGAGAAAUGCUUGUACAUUUUUCAGGGUGGGGCUUAAAAACUCAUAUUGGGAGGCCUCUCUGAAGCAUAUACUGUAUUGAAUGGCUGAUUUUGUUCAAAUUGCUACAUAAUGUUAAAAUUUUACCUGCCUGUUAUAAAAAAAAGUUAUAUAUGAAAGAACAACACCCUGUAUAGCAUAAACAAGUCUGUAUCGAAAUUUCAAAUCUAAAUAGGCAAAAACUCUGUCUGUAUAAAGAAAAAUAUGAAACUAUUCUACAAGCUCA